AUGGCCAAACUUCACAUCCUGGUGUUCCCAUACCCAGCGCAGGGUCACCUUCUUCCCCUUCUCGAUCUCACACACCGCCUAGCCCUAGCAGAUAUAACAAUCACCAUCGUCAUCACUCCCAAAAACCUCCGCAUUCUCAACCCUCUCUUAUCCUCCCAUCCGAACACCAUACAAACCCUCGUCCUUCCAUUCCCUCCACACCCAAAAAUCCCCGCGGCCGCAGAAAACAUCCGUGACGUCGGAAACACCGGAAACUACCCUUUCAUCAACGCCCUCUCCAAACUCCAACCCCAAAUCAUCCACUGGUUCACCACCCACCCUAACCCCCCUGCGGCCCUCCUCUUCGAUUUCUUCCUCGGCUGGACUCACCAACUCGCCUCCCAACUGACCAUCCCCAGGGUCGCCUUUUACCCCUCGGGCGCCUUCUUCAGCACUAUCUUCACGCGCUGCUGGCACAACUCAAACGGACUCGCCAGUAAUAGUAAAAUUCACUUCCACGGAAUCCCCGGAUCGCCGUCGUUUAAGCGGGACCACCUUCCUUCAGUGUUCCUCCGCUACAGGGAAUCAGACCCCGACGCGGAGUUCGUUAAAGAGAGUUUUCUUUCCAACCACGCUGCUUGGGCCUGCGUCUUUAACACGUUCUCCGCGCUGGAGGGUCCUUAUUUGGACCAUAUCCGGGCCGAGUUGGGUCACGCGCGGGUCUUCGCGGUCGGGCCAUUGAGCUCUAACCGGCUCGAAAACCCAGGCAGGGGAUCCGAGGUUCUAACUUGGCUCGAUGCGUUCGAGGAAGAAGGUUCGGUGUUGUAUGUGUGUUUCGGGAGUCAGAAGUUGUUAAACAAGAAACAAAUGGAAUCGUUGGCGUUGGGGUUGGAAAGAUCCCAAACCCGAUUCGUUUGGGUUGUGAAGACGCCAUCCACCAAGGAACAAAUGGAGGAAGGGUACGGAUUGGUUCCUGAUGGGUUUGUCGGUCGGGUUUCUGGCCGGGGAUUGGUGGUUACGGGUUGGGCUCCACAGGUGGCGAUACUGAGUCACCGGGUUGUUGGGGGGUUUGUGAGUCACUGCGGGUGGAACUCGGUGACGGAGGCGAUGGUGAGUGGGGUUGCGAUCUUGGCGUGGCCGAUGGAGGCGGAUCAGUUUUUGAACGCGAGGCUGUUGGUGGAGGAGAGAGGGGUGGCGGCGUGGGUGUGUGAGGGGGCAAAUUCUGUGCCCAACCCAGAUGAAUUGGGUCGGGUUGUGAAGAGGGUUAUGUAUGGGGAGAGUCCGGAGAAGCGAAGAGCUAAGUUGAUGAGAGAGGAAGGUGUUAGGGCUGUGAGUGAAGGGGGGGAUUCUUCAAUGCAAGUUGAUCAGCUCGUGGAAGCGUUGUUGCAGCUUCGGUUAAACAAGCAUGAUGAAAACAAAUUUUCUGCUUACACCCAGUCAUCCAAAACAUUUGGAGAGCUUUUGUAG